AAAAAAAUUUAAAUAUAUUGUGAAUCAUUUAAGAAAAUUGUCAAUUUUUUUUAAUUUAAAACUAAAUUUAAAAAUUAAUUAAAUUUAAAGAAAUAAUUAAUUAAAAAAUAAAUAUUACAAAAAUAAAAACAGUUUAUUGACGAAAAGGGCUCGAAGUUAUAAUUUUUGUGAAUUUUUUCGACGUAUUAAAAAUUUAUUCAAAAACAAUGCAAUGCCACCAACUUCUUCAGUAGAAAUCGACCCACUGACCAAAGUCAUCCGUCCACCAGCAACAAACAACAAUUCAACAACAAACAACAAUAUGUGCCUUUCAACACCUUCAGAUUCGACAACUCCAACAAGUGUUUGUCAAACACCAGCCACAUGUAGCAGUAGUAAUUUAGCUGAUGACAAUGCAACCACGAACAAAUGUAAUUCCUCAUGCAAUGUUCGACACAGGAAUCAUACAACACAACAACUCUCAGGAAUCACAAGUCCAAUUUCGAACAAACAAACUUUUGAAGAUACAAAUAAUAAUAACCAAAGUGAAUUAGAUUUAAGUGAUGUUGAAGAUGAGAAAAAUGAAGCUUACAAAGAAUGUGCAACAAAAGCUUUAAUCAGCACAAAAACAGAUGACGCUAAAGUAGUUUAUAAGCCACGUCUAAGAUGGCCAGAUUUAAUUGCACAGAUUUUUAUACACGGGGGCGCCAUAUAUGGAUUGUAUCUGCUAUUUUAUGCAAAGUUUUACACAUUUGCCUGGGCGCUAGUAACGAUUUGGUGUUCUGGUGUGGGAAUCACAGCUGGAGUACAUCGUUUAUGGUCACACAAAUCCUAUACAGCUGCAUUGCCAUUGCGAUUGUUGUUAAUAUUUCUAUUUACCAUUUCUGGACAGCGUGAUGCAUACACUUGGGCGCUCGAUCAUAGGAUACAUCAUAAAUUCUCAGAAACAGACGCUGAUCCGCAUGAUGCUCGGCGAGGAUUCUUCUUCGCUCAUGUUGGUUGGCUUUUUUUGACACCUCAUCCAAAAGUCGAAGAAAAACGUAAAGUUAUCGAUAUGUCAGAUUUGGAGAACGAUGGUGUUGUGAUGUUCCAGAAGAAAUGGUACAUUCCAUUGUUUGCUUUGAUUUCCAUUGGAUUCCCAGUAUUAGUGCCAUGUUAUUUCUGGAAUGAGGAUCUUUGGAUGUCCUUUUGGAUUAAUUUUAACAUGAGAUUCUGUGCCACAUUGAAUAUUGCCUUUUUUGUGAAUAGUGUGGCUCAUAUGUGGGGCAGAAAGCCUUAUGAUAAAAAUAUAAGUCCAGUGGAAAGUCCGAUUGUAUCAUUUCUUGCCAUGGGUGAAGGUUGGCAUAACUAUCAUCAUGUUUUUCCUUGGGACUAUAAGACCAGUGAAUUGGGAACUUACACUCUCAAUGUAACAACAGGUUUUCUAGACUUUUGCGCCAAGUUAGGCUGGGUAACAGGACGUAAAUCAGUAUCUCCAGAUAUGGUAGCUAGAAGGGCUGCCAAAUGUGGUGAUGGAUCACAUUUUUUGUGUGAUGCUUUUGCUCAUAAGGACCAAGUUUGGGGUUAUGGUGAUAAAGACGUACAGCAAGAAGAUGCUGUAGAAUUGGCAGCAAUGAAGGACUAAAGAAGAUUUUAUUAGUAGUAGUUGUAUUAAGCUACUGAUCAAGAAAUAUUUAUAUAUGAGGCUUUAACAUGUUAUUUUUUAAGAAACAAACAAAAAGUAUUUCUUUUAUUUUU